CCCCAACCAUCUCUCCUUUCCUUGGAGCAAAAUGGCUAACAAAUUCCCCAGCUGUUCUGUCUUCACUUCUAGGGUGCAGGAGCCAAAACCUGAGGAUCAUCUUGGAUUGCCAUUGGAACAAUCCAAACCUGAACAUGAUUAUGGUGUGUACAAGAACCUGUUGCAAGAGUAUGCCCAAAAAUCUGGAUUACCACUUCCGGUAUAUAACAUUGAGAAUGAAGGGUUCCCACAUGCGCCUAAGUUCAGGUCAUCUGUCAUCAUAGAUGAAACCAAGUUCACAUCUAAGUUUACCUUUCCAGAUCGAAGAGCAGCUGAGCAAGAUGUUGCAAAGCUCGCAUAUGAAACCAUAGUUAAAGACAAUAAAACCCUAACAGGAGGCCCUCAUAUUUAUCAGAACCUGAGGUUUUGCAAGUUAAUACUGUAUGAAUAUGCAACCAAGACUGGCCUUGGAGUUCCCGAAUACAACACCACCUUAGCAGAAGGGCCACCACGCCCAGUAUUCAUCUCUUCUUUUGUUCUUGGUGGCAAAAGUUAUAGUGGUCAAGUAGGUCGAAGCAAGAAAGAGGCGGAACAGCUGGUGGCACGACUGGCAUCCAAUCGCUCCUUGGAUCGGAUUCAGGGAAGCUCACUGAAAUUAUCAAGAGCAAGGAGAGACUUUUCGCUACUCUAAGUGCUAAAAAGAACUCUGGAAGUCAAGGAACUAAAACUCUCUCUGUUCAUCAGUCGAGUAAUGCAGGAAAUUUGUCACAACAGCAAGCUAGCAUUCAGACUGGGAUUAUCAGUUAUAACCCUGAUCGUUGCACAGUUACUUGUGCGAAAGGUUGGACAAAGCGCAAGGUUGAGAACAACUGGGAGCAGAAAAAGAAAAAAGGCCGUGUGGGAGUAGCUGUCAAACGACCUGGAUAUAACUUCAGGCCUUGAACACUGCUCUUCAGCCAACAAUUGUGCCUAAAACAGAAUAUAAUUUUCUCUUGGUAGUGGUGAGGCUUCUCCUUCAGAGACAUUGGCUUAUGUGAAGGAGAGGUCUAUUGAAAAUAGUUUAUGCAGAAUACUGCUCCUGCAUGCUCUUUUUGGUUGGUAUUUGCCGCGUUUGCAACUGUAAAAUGCCUAACAUUAACAAGACGUUAUUUCGAUGGA